AAGGCAACGUGAGAGAGAGAGAGAGAGAGAGAGAGAGUGCGGAUGAGAACUCCACUUUUGAAAAAAAAAAAAAAAUUGCAUAAGAAUCCGCAUUUGAAAAAGUGGGAAAUGACAAAGCAAAGAAAAUAAACAGCCCCCUUCUUCAAGAACCUUCUUCAUCUCUUCUCUCUUGUCCAUGAGCAUGUUCUUCUUGCUCAGCUGCUUGGAAGAAACAUGGCCGUGAGAAGCCCCCUUUCUGUAACUUUCGAAUCUCCUAAAUCGAUUUCCACGAUGCCCACAUCGCGGUGGAGGAGAUUUCUUGAUGGGUUCCGCUCGUUCAUCACAUGGAGCAAUAACCCAACGUCCUCUACCCCGUGCCGGCGGAGAAUUCUUCACGGUGAGGAUGAAGAACAGGAAUUUCAGUUAUCAAACACCCACUGCCUGUCGUCAUACUACAGUGUCUUCGUUGCACGCCUUGCCAUCAUGGUUAUGCUUGCCAUUUUAAUUGGGAUGUUGACCAUUCUUACAUGGCAUUUUACAAGGGUAUACACAACAAAAUCACUAAAUAUCUUAGCAUACGACCUUCGUUUUGAACUUCUACAACGUCCUAUACUGCGGAUGUGGAACAUCUUAAAUUCUACGGUAGAAAUAACAAUGGCUCAGGUAAAGCUUUCUGAGUUUGUGAUUAGCCAUUAUGGAAAGCCAGUGGCUGACACACAACCUGAGCAGUUAUAUGAAGUUAUGAAGAAUUUAACAUGGGCUCUCUUUGCAAGUCGUAAAGCUCUUAACUCAAUAACUAUAAGCUACAAAAAUGGUUUUGUCCAAGCUUUUCACAGGGAUCACAGGAGUAACAACACUUUCUACAUCUAUUCUGACCUUGCAAAUUCUUCAGUCAGCGGGACCCAGAAAUCUUGGCCACUAGCAUCAGAUCAUGGCUGGCAAGACAAGUCUGGAGAUGGUAAUAUCUCAGCUAUUUGGUAUAGAGAACCACUUCAUCCUAUUACCGGCGAGAAGACAGGAGAUGCAAAACAAAUCCCACCAGAUGAUCUAAUCAAUAUUGCAGGUCUGUCAGAAUUACAUGAUGGGGGUGCUUCAUGGCAUGUUGCAGUAAGCAAAUUUACGGAUUCACCAUUGCUUUCAGCAGCAUUACCAGUUCAUCAUCCUUCUGACAGGAGCAUAACGGCUGUUGUUGGUGUUACCACGGCACUUUUUAGUGUAGGACAGCUGAUGAGAGAAUUGGUCGAAUAUAAUAGUGGAUACAUGUAUCUGACUUCUCAGGAGGGUUAUGUACUUGCUACAUCAACAGAUUCUCCACUUUUAAGGAAUUCCACAAGUGGUCCAAAGCUUAUGAUGGCUAUUGAUUCAGAAGACCACAUAAUAAGAUCGGGAGCAGAAUGGUUACAGAAAGCUUAUGGAAAUAAGUUAUCUCUCAAUCAAGAGGUUCAUGCUGAGAAUGUUAUGCUCAGAAACCAACGAUACUACAUCGAUUCCUUCUUCCUUAAUCUAAAGAGGCUUCCUUUGGUAGGGGUUAUCAUCAUUCCAAGAAAAUAUAUAAUGGGAAAGGUUGAUCAAAGAGGUUUCACAACUUUGGUUAUACUGAUAUCAGCAUCAGUUUGUAUUCUUGUCGUUGGUUGUUUUUGCAUUAUGAUAUUGACCAGCGGCGUUUCAAAGGAAAUGAAGUUGAGAGCAGAACUUAUAAGCCAUCUUGAUGCACGAAGACGGGCAGAACAAUCAAGCAACUACAAAAGCCAGUUUUUAGCAAACAUGAGUCAUGAGUUGCGAACGCCUAUGGCUGCAGUGAUAGGUUUGUUGGACAUUCUUAUAUGUGAUGAUUGUCUUACAAAUGAGCAAUUUGCAACAGUUACACAGAUCCGGAAAUGCUCAACUGCUUUACUUCGCCUUCUCAAUAACAUCCUGGACCUUAGUAAGGUUGAGUCUGGAAAACUGGUAUUGGAAGAAGCUGAAUUUGACCUGGGGCGAGAGCUCGAGGGACUUGUGGAUAUGUUCUCUGUGCAAUGCAUUAACCAUAAUGUAGAAACCGUUCUAGAUCUCUCUGAUGAUAUUCCAAGAUUAGUUCGGGGAGAUUCUGCUCGAGUGGUUCAAAUAUUUGCGAAUCUCAUCAGCAAUUCUAUCAAAUUUACGACAACGGGCCACAUUAUUCUGAGGGGAUGGUGUGAAAGCUCCAAUGCAUUUAGUAACACAGAGAAGUUGUAUCUUGAUCAAAAAGAACCACGGCCUGCACUCAAAGCAAAAUCAAAGCAACAUGGGAGCAUUGCAAAAGGAGCCUUAAAGAAAGAUAACAAAAUUACUCUCUGGUUUGAAGUUGAUGACACUGGUUGUGGAAUUGAUCCAAACAAAUGGGAAUCGGUGUUUGAAAGCUUCGAACAAGCAGAUCCAUCAACUACCCGGACGCAUGGAGGGACUGGUCUUGGCCUAUGCAUUGUCCGCACCUUGGUUAACAAGAUGAGUGGAGAAAUUAAAGUUGUGAAGAAGGAAGGUCCAGGGACUUUGAUGCAGCUAUAUUUGGUUCUCAAUACUACUGUAGAUGGCACUGGACAGCAUUGUCAAAUAGAAUUCGGUGAACAUAGUUUAAUGGUACUGCUCGCUCUUAAUGGCAGCACAGGUCGAUGUAUCAUGUCCAAGUGGUUGAGGAAAAAAGGAGUCUGCACAAGGGAAGCAUCCGAAUGGAAUGAACUGACACAAAUACUUCAGGAAGUUUUCCAAGGGAGAAGAAUCGUUGAGUACGGCUUUGCAAAUGAGUGCUCCACAAGUGAACCUUUGAGAGCAAACCAAAUGAGAUUUGCUCCCAAAGAAGCAAAUCCACAAAACACGAGGACUUCUAACAUCAUCAUUGUGGUGGAUAUAGGGCUACUGGACCUAAGUACGAAUAUAUGGAGGGAGCAGCUAAAUUUCCUAGAUAAAUACCAUGAGAAGGCGAAGUUUGCAUGGAUACUAAACCAUGAUACCUCCAAUGCCAUUAAAAUCGAGCUGCGGAGGAAAGGGCAUUUACUGAUGGUUAAUAAGCCACUCUACAAAGCAAAAAUGGUUCAGAUCUUGGAAGCUAUUGUGAGAGAAAGAAGUCUUGAACUUCAAACAAAGAAUAACACUUCGGGAACGGAAGAUUUGCAUGAAUGUCUUGAAAUAGAUCAUGUUCAUCUUGAUGUUGCCAGCUCAGAUGAUUCUGAUACAACUGAUAUUGGAAUAUCUAAUUUAAGAAGAAUUGAUGCGUGUCUUAGAGGAGAAGACAAAGACCAAACAAUUCUGAUAUCCAAUCCUCGACAUUACAGGAUAGUUAAUUCAGGAAAAGAAAUUACAACUUGUAAAACCAACCUGAAUAACGUUCCUCAGAACCCCAACAUUUUGUUGAGAUCUGAGAAUGUGGAGAACUCAGAAGAUUUUCAUUUCGAAAGUCGUGGGCAUGAUAAAAUCAUCAAAGAAAAUAAUGCAAGUAAAUCACCAGAGUUAUCUGAAGAAAUGCAACCACAGCCAGCAAAAAGCUCUCCAAUGAAAUCUAACAAUUGCCCACUUGAGUUUACUGGGGAAUCUUUGAAAGAAGAAAAAAACCUGAAGCCAGAAUAUCCAUUUCAAAUAGGGCCCAGUUCUGAUAUUGAGGAAUCGAAUUUCAAAUUACCGAAUGAAAAAGAAGCAUCAACUUCAUGUGAAUUACGUGCAAAACGGAAAACGAAACAUCCUGGCAAGAAAAGGUUAGCAGAACCUCCCUGUGGAAGUUUGAAACUGAAUGAAUAUCAAGAGUCCAGUGGUAGUCCUAGUGAACAAGAUUGCAUAGCUUCAAGAAAGGCUAAUCCCAGCCAGAAUUCUCUGGAAGGCUUGUGUGUACUGCUUGCAGAAGAUACACCAGUACUACAGAGAGUUGCGACCAUUAUGCUGGAAAAAAUGGGAGCUAUAGUCGUAGCAGUAGGAGAUGGACUGCAGGCUGUCGACGCUCUGAAAUGCACACUCAGUGAAGAGUGUAGAAGGCAGAACACACCUCAGCAAGAUGGUGAAAUCAGAUCGCAAACAAAAUUCCAUGAAAUGCCACCAUUUGAUCUGAUACUCAUGGAUUGUCAGAUGCCAAAGAUGGAUGGUUAUGAGGCAACAAAAGAGAUUAGAAGAUAUGAAGCAGGAACCAGCUCACAUAUUCCCAUUGUUGCACUGACAGCACACGCAAUGUCAUCCGAUGAAGCCAAAUGCUUGGAAGUGGGGAUGGAUGCCUAUCUAACAAAACCAAUCGACUGCAAGCUGAUGGUGUCCACCAUUCUCUCCCUAACCAAGAGGAUGGCCUAACAUUUCCAGACCACACAUCAUCACUGUCCUGAGCUGGCUAACAAAUCACUGGUGUGAUUUUGAGUCUCAUAACACUACACAUACAUAUACUAAUAUGAAUGUAAUAUUGUAUAAACAUUAAACUUUGUAGUGGACAAACUGUACAUAUUUUGAUGUGCCCAUUCAAUACAAGUGAGACAAGACAAUUGAUCUCUCGGGCACACUGCAGAUCAGAAGUUCCUUGCCAUUCAAUCUGUCCCUUUUCUGGACCAUAGGUUCCAUCAAUUUCCCAUCAUGGUGGGGCUGAUCAGAUUGAUGAUCUUGAUGACUGAAGCAAUGGACACAACUUGUAUGUAAUUCAUGAUCAAGGACCCGGCGAUUCCUAACAAAUGCAUGUGUGAUUUUGGAUACUAUACCAAA